AUUUUUACUGUCUGAAUGAUCCACAUAUCAUCUUAUACGUUACAUGAUCAGAAAUAAGGAUGAGUGGCCAAAAAUCACAGGACAGAGCAUUGAAGGGAAUGAAUGAUUCCUCUCCUGGGACUUUGUCUUUUUGCUCAGGGUUGCAGGUUCCCCCUCUCCACCACCGCCCCUGCGUCAGAUGAUGCUGACGGUCUCAGCGUAUAAAAGAUGAUCCAGUGACAACCAGACUGGCACUCGCAUCUCACCUCUGUCUGUUUCUCUCUCUCUCUCUCUCUCUUUCCCACAUCCAGACACCUCACUCACACAGUUCGUGUUCUUGAAGGGAGAAACAUUUCAACAUGAGUUACUCCGGCGACAUGUACACGAGCAGCUCAUACAGGAAGAUUUUUGGAGAUGCGCCGCGACGCGUCACCGUGGCCAGCAGCAGCCCCUCCCGGGUGGCGGUGGGGUACCGCUCCGCACCCCAGCAUCACCGCACCUACGCCUCUCCACCCUCCAUGAUCACAUCCUCGAGUUACCGCACGAAACUUUCGUCCGGCCGCGGAGCUUUCCAGUCCAUGCCGGACUCGGUUGAUCUGGCGCAGACCACGGCCGUCACCAACGAGCUGAAGAUCAUCCGCACCAACGAAAAGGAGCAGCUGCAGGGCCUCAACGACCGCUUCGUGACGUUCAUCGAGAAGGUGCACAACCUCGAGCAGCACAACAAAGUUCUGGAGGCUGAGGUCGCCCUGCUGCGUCAGCGCCACAACGAGCCGUCGCGUCUUCACGACCUCUACGAGCAGGAGGUCCGCGAGCUGCGCGGUCGCGUGGAGGAGUUGACGCACGAGAAGAGCCAAAUGCAUAUCGACUGCGUGCAGAUGAACGAGGCGCUCGAGCGCUUCAGGGAGAAGCUGGACGAGGAGGCUCGGCUCCGUGAGGAGGCCGAGAACAACCUGAAGGGGUACCGCAAGGACGUGGAUGACGCCACUCUGUCCCGUCUGGAGCUGGAGAAAAAAGUCGAGUCCCUCCUGGAUGAGAUCGCGUUCAUGAGGAAAGUGCACGAAGAGGAACUGCAGGAACUGCAGGCGUCACUUCAAGCCACGCAGGUGUCUGUUGAGAUGGACGUCAGUAAACCGGACCUCGCUGUUGCUCUGAAGGACAUCCGUGUCCAGUACGAGUCUCUCUCCUCUCGGAACCAGCAGCAGGCGGAGGAGUGGUACCGCUCCAAAUUCUCUAGUGUGACGGAGGUGGCGGCACGCAACAACGAUGCGCUGAAGCAGACCAAGGAUGAGCUGUCCGAGUACCGCCGACAGCUCCAGUCGCGCACCCUGGAAAUCGAGUCCUUGAGGGCACACAAUGAGGCUUUAGAUAGGCAGCUGGCAGAGAUGGAGGACCGCCACAGCAACGAGAUUGGCGAGCUGCAGGAUACUAUUCAGCAGCUUGAGUCUGCUCUUCGUAGCACUAAAGGAGAGAUGUCCCGCCACCUGCGUGAAUACCAGGACCUACUGAAUGUGAAGAUGGCACUGGAUAUCGAGAUUGCAGCUUACAGGAAGCUUCUUGAAGGUGAGGAAUGCCGCCUAAGCUCUGUUGGUGGAGCCAUGCUGCAAUCCGCCUACUCUUAUCCGUCAAGCCGCACUUACACCCUGAGCGGCUACAGGAAAGGCGGAGCAAAACCUGAGGAGGAAGAGGAGGAGGAGAAAGAGGAAGAGGAAGAAGAGGAGGAAGAGGGUGAGGAAGAAGCAGGAGAGGAAGCAGAGGAGGGAGAUGAAGCGGAUGAAGAGGAAGGCGGCGAGGAGGAGGAGGAAGAGAAGGAGAAAGAAAAGGAGGAGGAGAAGAAGGAAAAGGAUGAGAAGAAGAAAGAUCAGAAGGAUCAAAAGGAAAACGAGAAGGAGAAAGAAAAAGAGAAAGAGAAGAAGAGCGAUAGCAAGAGUGAAGACAAGAGUGACAGCAAAAAGGCAGAUAGCAAGAGUGAGAAGGGGGACAGUAACAAAGGCGAGAAACCCGCUGCUGUCAAGAGCAAGUAAAAAUGCGUACCGUCACCACUCCGGCCACUUCACGCACUUAAUUCACGCAUUCGUCUGGACCCUUCUGUUUCAUCUCGACCUCUCUGUCCCUUUGCCACAUACACACAAAUGCACACAUAUGAACACAUCAUCACAAAACAAACAUUAUUCCUUCAUCCUCAUUUUCAUCGUCAGGACAGGACAGUCUACUCAGUAGGAAACAAACGGGCCGGUAAUGAAAGUACAAAAAACGAUAAAGAAAGUCUGUCUUAGUAGAAAAGUUAACUCAAAAUGAAAGAGUGUCAUUUAUUCAAUAUUGCAGCGUUCAAACCAUUUAUAUUUUUGGUGAAACACAAACAGAGACACUACUGAAUCAAUGACUGAGAAAAUUCAAUUUGGCUGAACUAUAACAUUUACAAGACAGCAAAAGGCGUAAAGAUCAGAAAGACCCCAGUAACACCCACUGAUCUAUAUAAAUGAAUGGAUUACUCAUGACGUCAAUACACUGAAGCUACCGCGCCACCAUGUUGGUAUGCCUAAACAUUCUAUUGAAGUAAUUGGGAGUUAUCACAUAUUAAUGAUCCAACAGUGAUUUACCAAUCUCUGUUUUUAUAUCUAAAGUCUCACAGUACAUUCUUACAAUGCAAAUGUCUUAAGCACGUAAAUGGUUAAUUAUUUAAAGUCUUAUUAGAUAUAGAGUGAGUAACGUUCAUUUUCAUUACAGUAGCGUACAUAUCAGCAGACUAACGAGACACAAGUGUGCUUAUUCUGAAAUCUAAGUACAGGAUAUACAUGUUCUUUAAGUCAUGAAGCUUUAUUUCUAAACAUUUACACAUGUUCCAUUACAACAGUGUGCAAUACACACUCAACUUCUAUACUUUGACUUAUAUACGUCGCUAUUCUGCCCAAAAUAAACAUUGGAAAAAACAUCAGAAGUAACAAUUAAUUUAAACACACAUGUGAACUAAAAACUUAUUUUGCGCCUACUAAGCUGUAAAACAGGUUAACUGUAAGUCAAUGGAGCCCUCUGUCAGUUGGGCAUGCCAAGAUAGUGGCGCGAUCGCUUCCUGUGGCUUCACCCCCUGCCAUGGGUUUAGCGUUCUAGGCGCAAUCCAUUCAUUUACUGUAUAUAGAUCAGUAGUCACACCUUGUGUUCAUGUGCCAUAAUUACCUUUAGUGCAAGAGAACACAAAGAAGAUGAUGCCUUGCACUGGCAUCCAGUACAAAACGGACCACGUCUGCUGGUUCCAACCUCUUGGUGCUAUUUGCUUGAAACAAAAGUGAGUUUGGAUGUUGGAAGAGGAAAAUGUCACAAAGAAACAGCAUUUCUAAUUUAUACCGCAGAGCUUCACUUAAACCCUGAAUGUACGUCACUAGCCAAGCACAGGGACAGCCACGUCUCCUAUUUUUCCAGCAUGUUAGCACAUCCAUCCAAAUAGACAAAAUGAUGAUAGGCUUGUUGUUCCUGCUCAAAGAGGGUCACGGUUUUGCAGAAUUUAGAUCCAAUCCUAAACAAAAUAGACCAUAAUCAGCUAAAUAAGGUCUCAAUAAAUGACAUCAAGGCGUGUUUGAUUCAGACUGGAGCUAAAUGCAGAGUUUACAGAGGCCCUCCAAAAGCAGAAUUAAACACCCGUGAUGUUUUCAUGUUUAGCAUGAUGUCAUUUUCCAUCCAUCUAUCCUCUAUCCAUCCAAUCAUUUUACUGGUCAUCUAUUGGUUGUUCAUGUUUUCCUGAAGUGCACUGAUCGCGGCACAGCAAACUUGGCGACACGAUGAAGGAUAAUAAAAUGGUGGAUUUAUGUGGGAGGGUUUUAGAGUUUAGCUUUGGGAGAGAGGAGCGCAUUGUGCAACACUUGUGUGGAAUAAUCUUUUGGCAAUUAAAAAUUAAGAGAAUCUUGACGCUUUAGAGACUUUUGCUGCUAAUAUUCCCUCUUUCCUUUCCAAUGUUAAAAAUAAUUCCUCCUCUUGAUUCAUUCAUUCAAAUCUUUCUCCUUCUUUAUUGUUUCCAACUGCUUAUCUCUUUGUGUAUUGUCUUGUCCUUAUUUUCUAUAAGUGGCAUCGUGUCCUUGGAGAAAGCCAUUCUGUACAUCAUUAUCGGAACUUUUUUGUUCGUGCAGAUGAAUCAUGGAAGAAAGCAUGUUCAUGAAUCUGUGUGCAUCUGUGUUUUGUAUUUGUGUACAUGAGUGUGUUUGUCCGCAAACGCUAAUUUUGUCUGCAGCAGAGCAGCGGGUAGUGACAGGCUAGGCACUCUUCUUUUCCUGCAUGUGACAAGUAGGCCACAGAGAGGACAGGAGGGUCACAGACAGUCACACCUACAGCUAUAGCGAAGGGCUAUUAAGUAACAAAAUUUCCUUCUGGAAAACACAAGAAGCCGCGCAAACAGCUAAACAAUGAUCCUAUACACAAUGCUGGCCUGCUCGACUAAAUGAUUACAGGUGGCAAAUAAGUAAAAGCGGCAAGGUUUGAGUUUCAUUUGACAUAUUUAUUGAAAGCUGUAAGAACACAUCUAGAUUUACAGGGAAAGUGCUGCUGAAAUGUGAUCUGACGUCAUAAUAAACAAUCUUAUUAAACAAACAACAAUCAGUACUUUUCUAGUUUUUUAUUUGACGCAUGAUUCAAAUUUUCAACACAGAGAUGAAAAAUUAGCGAACAACAAGUCAGAAAGUACUGAGGAACACUCUUAUAAUUUUUUUGGUUCAUAUGUUUUGUGAUGUCUUGAGUCAGAUCAUCUGACUUGACCAUUCCGAAAUUGAACCAUUCUUGUUCGAUGUCUUUCAUGAUUCAUCAAUGUUUUCUUUUUUAAACUCAUUGGAAAGUUUUUUAUUUGGCCAUAUUACACAAAAGCAUAUUGAUGCAAAAUUCCUGGAUGGCAGAGCAAGAAAACAGACUGGAACACCAGUCUCGAAACCGUCUCACUACAAUACACUACUUUAUUUUAACAGGCUUGCUUGAUUUAUCAAAUCACUUGAUCAAUAAAUUUAUGGCAAUAUAUAUAUCUCACAGGUGUUUUUUGUUAAAUAAGAUGAUAGGUAAUCAGAUCACAGGAAAAUGUCAGCCCAAUGAUUUAUCCAUAUUAUCCAUACACAAAAGUACCUUUGUUAGAGCAUUUUACAUAUCAAAAGUGACUGUGAUUGUAGCAGGAAUCACUUUACCAAAUGUAACCAUUUAGCAGCUGACUGUUCGCUUCAGUAUUUUGCAAACUGUUGGCCUCAGACGUUUUUGAAUCUAAUCCAAAACAGCUGGAUGGGAGUGAGAUUUCAAAUAAAUCUGACAAAAUAGCUAUAACAAUACGGAAAACGUUCCAUUCUUUGUUCUGUUUGUUCUGUGAUUUCAAAACUCAAUGAUUGAAUCAAGAGGAGUUACAAUUUGCAUGGCCUUGAAGCUUGACAGUAUGAGGGGCGGGAUAGAUUUGCUUGUUAUCUGUGUAAAAAUGUACGUAUUGCCUUAAUCAUGACUGCUUAAUAGUUCUCACGCUUUCUUCAUCUCGACACUGUUUAAGAGAUGGUUCAGGAGUGCUAACACUUUAUUUGUGUGGCUGCUAACUGAUACAUGGAUCGUCCCCUAAUGCCAAAUAAAGCCAUUUAUCAACCAAGCGUA